AUGGCCACUGAUUAUUUUCUUCAUUGUCCACGAAAUUUUCAAUGGUACCACUGGAAUUCUGCCAGUAAUAAUCCUUGUUCUACUAACAAAGAGGAGUGGAUUAAAUAUGCGGAUAUUGACAAUGAAAUAAUUGAAGAUGCAUAUCAAGAGAAGAAAGACAUGGUGGAAAUUGAUGGUGAAUUUGUAUUGGACAUUAAAAAUAUGGUUCAAGUUACAUCAAACACGCAGCAAACUCAAAUUAAACGUGUUCAACUUGAUCAAGGUCGUAGGAAUCCGUAUUUACGCGAAGAACGCUUCACAUCCUUCCCAGUAGUAGUAACAACAUUCACUCCACUAACGACACCGAUGAAUGAUGAUGAAGACUUAGCUGUUAAUAAUGACGAUGUACUACCACUUCUGCGGUCAUCAGAUAUUGUUGGUGCUUAUAUUGUUCAAGAAGUAAAGAAAAAUAAUAAAACAAUAACUAAUAUCAUUGACGAUGCAGCUGAAGGAAUUAUCGAAGAAGGAAGACCACUCGGCAAUCUGCAUGAAGCAGAAUGGCUAGCUCAAAAACUGUUGAACCUUAUACAAUCAGGUGCAGCUUCGAGAGCAGAGGAUACUACACACCGCCCUCCGCCAAUAGUUGGUCAGACAGCCGUGCAUCUCUAUACCAGAAAUUCAUUCUGGUACAAAUUACUGAAUCAUGUCCUUCGUAAUCCUCAAAUGAUUACCAAAAAACAGGUGAAAACAAUGGGUUCAUUCUUGUAUCUUCUCAAUAUGUAUUUUGAUGGAGGAUUCAGAAGCGACGACUUCUCAACUGUUUACCGUGGAUUGAAUCUUACUGAUGAAGAAAGAGAAGAAUUUAUUAACAAAGAAGACGGUAUCAUUGAAUUUAAAGCUUUCACUUCAACUAGUAAAAAUCGAGAAUUGGCAGAAUUGUUUGGGAAUACACUUCUUAUUAUUGAUCUAUCACCGGAACUUACGAGUUGGAGAACACGUUUGAUGAAUGGGAAACGAUAUUCUGGUGCCGAUGUUUCUAACGUAUCAAACUUUCCUGACGAAGAAGAAUUUCUUAUAUGCCCACGGAGAGAAAAAUUAAAAUUCGUCAAAUAUGAAUACGACUUCAAUAAACAAAAACACGUCAUUUAUAUUAAAUAUUUAGAUACUUGGAAGGUUCCACCAGAAUUCUCCCGCGGUGUACAGAAAUGCGACCAGCCAAGCUAA